GGCACGACCCACAUAUCUGUGUCGUGCUAGCCUGACCUAAAUUUCUCGUACCUACCCUGCUAUACCAUACCAUAGGCCGUACCAAAUCAUCGGACCGCCCAAAUUUGACCCGGCCAAGUCCCAGCUCUCGUGCCGCCUGCGGAAUAUUCUGACGCACAUCGGCACAUUAGCGGUGCUGCGGGCCACGUGGAGGCGAAGUCCGGCGAGCUGACUCACCAGCUGCUUCUCACUGUGAUGAGUAAAAUAUGCAGCAGACGGUCAAGUGGUCAACGGGAGGUGGCAUGGCGGAGGCGGCGGGGAGGCGGACGCUGGCGCUGGUGAACCUGGCGGCUAUCAUGGAGCGCGCCGACGAGGCGCUCCUGCCAGCAGUGUACCGGGAGGUGGGCGCCGCGCUGCACGCGACGCCCGUGGGGCUCGGCGCGCUCACGCUGUACCGCUCCGCCGUGCAGGCCGCCUGCUACCCGCUCGCUGCCUACGCCGCCGUGCGCUACAACCGCGCCCACGUCGUCGCCGCGGGGGCCUUCCUCUGGGCCGCCGCCACCUUCCUCGUCGCCGUCUCCGGCACUUUCGCCCAGGUAGCAGUGGCUAGAGGUUUGAAUGGUAUUGGCCUAGCGCUAGUCACCCCAGCAAUCCAAUCUCUAGUGGCAGAUUGCUCUGAUGACAAUACUCGAGGCGCCGCAUUUGGAUGGCUUCAACUCACUGGCAACAUAGGCUCAGUUAUUGGUGGUUUAUCUUCUCUGAUGCUAGCAUCAACCACAAUCAUGGGUAUCGCCGGUUGGCGUGUUGCGUUUCACAUUGUUGCUCUCAUCAGUGUAGUAGUCGGUGCAUUAGUUGGCCUAUUUGCAGUGGACCCUCAUUUCAUCCAUGUUGAAAAUGGCGAGCAACUCUUGCGCAAGUCUGCAUGGGAAGAGAUGAAGGAUUUAGUGAAAGAAGCCAAAGCUGUUGUCAAAAUCUCGUCAUUUCAGAUCAUUGUGGCUCAGGGAGUCACAGGUUCAUUUCCAUGGUCUGCCCUAUCCUUUGCCCCAAUGUGGUUCGAACUGAUGGGCUUUACACACAAUGAAACUGGACUUCUCAUGACGACAUUUGCAUUGGCAAGUUCACUUGGAGGGCUUUUAGGUGGAAAGAUGGGGGACUAUUUCGCUGUUCGUUUUCCGGAUUCUGGUCGAAUAGUCCUGUCGCAGAUAAGCUCGGCUUCUGCAAUUCCACUGGCUGCUCUGUUGCUAUUAAAGCUACCUUAUGAUUCCUCUUCUGGAUUCUUGAACGGGCUUGUCAUGUUUAUUAUGGGGCUAAGCAUCUCUUGGAACGGUCCUGCUACUAACAACCCGAUAUUUGCCGAAAUCGUUCCUGAGAGAUCAAGGACAAGUAUCUAUGCGUUGGACCGUUCUUUCGAGACAGUCUUAGCUUCAUUCGCCCCACCGGUCGUUGGUUUUUUAGCUGAGCAUGUCUAUGGAUACAACCCCAUCUCCUAUGGAGCUGGAGUUAGCAAUGUUGGGAAGGACAAAUCAAAUGCUGCGGCCCUAGCCAAAGCUCUUUACACGGCGAUUGCCAUCCCUAUGCUACUCUGCUGCUUCAUCUACUCCCUGUUGUACCGGACAUACCCGUGUGACAGGGAGAGGGCAAGAAUGGACACUCUGAUUGCAUCAGAGAUGCAGCAGAUCGAACUGGAAAGAUGUCAUGGAAUAGGAGAUUAUGAUGCUGGAAGGAAGGACGGCGCCACUGUGAUUGAUCUGGAGUACAGCGAGGAAGAUUUUGAUGCUGAUGACGAUGAAAAGGCAUUGAUGGAUCAGCAGGCUGAACAGAGUGGCAGUGUCAAUUGACCCAGGAAUGAUUCACACAAUUUAUGAUGUUUUGCUAAAGUAUUUAUUAGUAGCUCACGGAUCUGUACAGAAAAUACACGAUGUAUCGGGGGGAACAAACUAUCAAAACCAUUCAGUUCUUUAUUUAGUUUGGUAGCUUAAACUUUUCUGGAGGACUAUGCUGGAGAAUAUAUUGUAGUUCAAAGUUCAAAUUGAUGAAGCUGUGGAGAGGAGUUGGGUAGGAUGAGUAAAGUUUAAUGCCUUGGUACAUUUCUAAUCUAAAGGUGUUCGUUUGGUCUUUUUUUUUAAGGAGCAAUGUAAAGGUGUU